ACUGUUUUGCUGUUGCUUCCUAUAUAUUGUGAGAAAUAGAUAAACGAUUGCAUAAUCAAAAUGGCAGAAAAAAAUGGAGGUAAUCAAAGUCAUAUUCUUGUUUUCUUUUUUCCAGUUCAAGGUCAUAUGAACCCAAUGGUUCAAUUCUCCAAGCGCCUAGCCUCCAAGGGUCAAAAGGUCACAAUAGUCACAACCACCUCUGCUAGCAAAUCCAUGAAAACAGGCUCUUUCGGACGCAACCUGAACAUCGAACUUGUUUCAGAUGGCUCGGAACAUGUUCAGCAAGGGUCGGAAACUAUGAAGCAAUCUGUCGAGCGUGUCCAAACUGAAACUACGAAAUCUCUAGUCGAGCUUAUCAAGAAGAUCAAGAAUAGUAGUGAUGCAAAUGAGAAAUACCUGCUCAAGUUCCUGGUUUACCAUUACAGCAUGCCUUGGGCUUUGAACAUAGCACGAGAGCAAGGCAUAGAUGGUGGUCCAUUUUAUACAACUCCGGCUUCCGUUAAAACCAUAUGUUACCACUUUCACAAAGGAGUACUGAAGCUUCCCUUAGAAGAGCCGACGAAAAAAUUGCCUGGCCUACCACCACUACAGCUCGAAGAUUUACCAUCUUUUUUCUCAGAUCCUAAUUCAGACCCAAUUUUCGUUGACAUUGCCAUGCAGCAAUUCUCCAAUUUGAAUGAAGUGAAAUGGAUCUUCCAUAGCACUUUCGAAAAAUUGGAAAAUGAGGUACUGGAAUGGAUGGCAAACCAAAACUUACCGAUCAAGGCGAUAGGACCUACAAUUCCGUCAAUGUUUUUGGACAAAAAGUUGGAGGAUGACAAAGACUAUGGUCUUAACCUUUUUGAGCCUAAUGUGGAGUGCACGGAGUGGUUAGACUCCAAGGAAACAGGUUCAGUCGUUUAUGCAUCAUUUGGAAGUUUAGCCAACCUCACUAAAGAGCAAUUUGAAGAACUAGCAUGGGGUCUAUAUAACAGCAACCACAACUUCUUAUGGGUAGUUCGAGAAUCAGAAAAGGAAAAGCUCCCAACAAAUUUCGGAGAUAGGAUAGCGGAGAAGGGUCUUGUGGUGACUUGGUGCACACAGUUACAAGUUUUAGCUCACAAGGCUGUGGGAUGCUUUCUUACUCAUUGUGGAUGGAAUUCGGCUCUCGAAGCAUUAAGCUUGGGAGUACCAAUGGUGGGAAUGCCGCACCGGGCCGAUCAUCCAACUGUUGCUAAAUAUGUUAAGGAUGUGUGGAAAGUCGGAGUUAGGGUAAAGGUGAAGGAGGGCUCUGUGACGAAAGAAGAAAUAAGUGCAUGUAUUAGGCAAGUCAUGGACACAGACAAAGGGAUGGAGUUUAGAAAAGCUGCACUAGUUUGGAAGGAAUGGGCUAAAGAGGCAAUGGCUGAGGGUGGAAGCUCUGAUAAGAAUAUUGAGGAAUUUGUGGCGAAAAUGAAGUUAACUUAAUUUUCUUUAUAUGAUAUGUGUAUACACACACACAUAUAACCUAAAUUAUAAAGUAAAGUUAUACUCAUUGUUACAAUAUUAUGGCCAUAUAAGUUCAAAUUAGGGCUACCACUCGGUCAGUUUGAAUUGGUUAUAACAUUAUCAACUUCAAAA